UGAACAGACGGUGGAGUUGAGCAAGCCAGCUGAAGAGGUGAGCAAUGUCUCCUACUGUCUCCCCCUUCUCUACCUGCCUCGCUAAUUCUCAGCGUCCCCUAGGAGGCGUACGCGUCUAUUUUGAAGCGUUCUAGAUGCCGACGAUCCCGGCGGCAGAGAGGUGUCAGGCGCUGUGGCAACAAAGAGGCGGGGCGGAAGUAUGCGCCGGACGACCGGUCCGCGCUCAAAUCCGCUGGUCACGCGCACCCCGCUCUCCCCCACGGCCUGCUCUCCCCAUUCACGUCCCCCGAGUGGCCCCGACGACCCUACCGCUUCGAUGGAAGACGCCACAGCGAUACAGUCAUCGAUAACCUUUGCUGUGAGGACGCCUGCGAGUGCCGUAGAGCAGAAGCACCGGUCUUAUCGCAGGAGAGCGCGACAAUGGGCGCCCCGGGGUGACGUCUUCGACCCCGCGUUGUUCUGCCCCUCAGGGAACCCGCGCGCCCGCGGGGUACAUCCAUCAGAUAUGAUCGCUCUCCGCAUUCUCCCCCUCACAAUCCCGCUACUGCAUAUGCCGGCUCAAAAUGCCGCCUGGCUAUAAAACCGCGCGAGCAUCCUGAGUCCCGGUGCGAAGUCUCCGUCCUUCACCCCCGUCCCCCUUCCCCUUCCCCUUCCCGGGU